AUGUCCUUGAACCAUCGGACAUCCCUGACGGUGUCCAGUACCAUGAAAAUCUUCGCGAAUGUUCUUGACGACAAUGUGCUGGUUUCCAGCAUCGUUGUGGGCUUCAAGUCUCAUGACAUGCUUGGGUCAAUAACUUUGACCUUCGGGGUUUAUGAGUCUCUUAGCUUCCAUGAAGUGACACUGGUGAGGCGGAUAGCAUUCAUCGUGGAAAUGGGGAUAAAGUUGAUUAGGCGUCAUUGCUCCUCGGGGAUCUGCUCCAGUGGACGGACAGCCUCUUUGGACCUUGUCGCCGUCGCGGACCUUGCCGUGAAGAACGCACAGGCGGUCCAUGUUUCUUUCGAGAUUGAUCCAAUCAACGCCGUAGGGCUUGUGGGCGAUGCCUGGGGAGACGUCGGUAUUGGAUCAGAAGAUGUGCGAGAGGGUGGCCAGGAUCUUCUGGCGUUCCUGCCCUGCGUUGGCCAUUUGGAGGAUGUCGGUUUGUGA